AUGGCACUAGAUGACGAUACUAACCAAGCAGAGAUGACCCCGAGGGAGAUCGAGCUCCUCAAUCGGCUCGAAAUUCUUCAAAGUCAGGUCACCGACCUUCACAAAGCUCGAGAGACCACGCCUGGAGGUCAUGAACUUCUUCUAGAAGUUCAAACCCUAAAAGAUCAACUUGGAGAACACUCCAAGCAGCUGCUGCAAAGCGCCGAGAAGCUAGACGCUAUGGAGGCGGAGAAUCUUGUCCUUCGGCAAGAGAACCAAACCCUCGGCAAAACCAACAACAAGCGAAAGCGGUUCCGAACUAAGGUUCGACCUAUGGCUUCGCUCAACACUCCCCGCGAUGGUGAAAGAACGUCUCACCGACCCAUCACCACAGAUGACAAACCCGAAGGCCGAGAAGCCGCUCACAACGCGACCCGGGUGCAAGUGGAUAGCGAUUCUGACACUGAAGACGAAGAAUACUCACCAGACGAUCCCGCGAUCUUACACCCAUCUCUAGCUGCCUACCUAGAAAGGGUGGUUUCCGAAAGGUUCGGCACCAUCCAAUCUAUGGUGGAAAGGCUUCCAGGGGUAGCUCCCCCUAUCCGGAGGAGCAAUCCAGGGUCCUAUUCCGAUACACCCUUCGUGGAGGAGAUUGCUUCGGUAGAGAUGCCACGCAAGUUCUCCUUCCCGAGCAUAAAGAUGUAUGAAGGUACAGGAGAUCCCGACAAUCACGUUGCUCAGUACAAGCAACGCAUCCUAGCCGUAGCAAUCCCCCGGGAAGCACAGGAAGCUACCAUGUGCAUAGGAUUUGGAUCGACCUUGACCGGUCCUGCUCUUCAAUGGUACAUCAACCUUCCUACCAAGUCCAUCAGGUCCUUUGCAGCCCUUAGCGACAAGUUUGUGGAGCAAUUCGCUAGUAGCCGCAACCUAGAGAAAAACUCAGAUGAUCUGUAUGAAGUCCUCCAGCAUAGGAACGAACCCUUGCGUUCCUACAUAGCACGCUUCAAACAAGAGAAGGUGGCUAUCCCCGAGUGCAACGUUAAUACGGCUAUGUCAGCCUUUAAGCGGGGCCUACUCCCGGAGGGAGAUCUCUACAAGGAGCUGACCAAAUACAAAUGCAGGACUAUGGAAGAUGUAUUGUCUCGUACUUGGGCUCAAGUAAGAUGGGAGGAGGACGUUGCAAGUAGGGCCAAGGCCUACCCGAAACACGAUCAAAAGUCCUCGAAGCUAACUAGGAACGAUUGCGAUGAGUCCUUCCAUCCCAAGUCAGCUAGGGAGACUAGUAUUCCAGGCAGGGGCAGAUAUCAAAAUCGUCCUUUGCCUAGAUCCGAAGGAAUGAUGGUAUCCAACUGGCCCGAUAUUUCUCAUCUUGCAAUAACAAAGCCAGAGCUGAUCGGUGUCCUACGACAAAUGGGUCCGCAAGUCAAGUGGACCCCUAAGAUGAAGGCCUCAGUGGCUAACCGAAACCCCAAGCGGUGGUGCGAAUUCCAUAGUGAUCAUGGCCACACUACUGAGGAUUGUAUAGCCCUGAAGAUAGAAGUCGCCGAGCUUCUCAAGAAAGGCCACCUGAGAGAAUUCCUCUCGGAUAAGGCCACAAACCUCCUGAAUAAAGAAGGUCCCGGUCUUCCUACCGAAGCGGCUCCCGCGUUGCCACCACAGCAAGACCGGGUGAUCCACGUCAUCUCAGGCGUAUCAGAAGUAAGCGGAAUCAGCAGGGCCGAUGCCAAAAGAAGUACUCGCAAUGCCAGAAACGGCCAAGAGGCCGAGGGUCCUAAGCGCUUACUCCUAGGAAAAGAUGAUAUCAGUUUCACUGCAAGGGAGCAGGAGAGGGUCCUAGCUCCUCACCACGACGCCCUUGUUAUUUCACUUACCAUAGCGAACUGCUUGGUCAAGCAAAUAUUGGUGGAUAAUGGGAGCUCCAGUAACAUUAUCUUCCACUCAGCCUACGCCGAUCUAGGGCUGGAACCUAAGGCCUUAACGAGAAAGGCGACCCCUUUUGUAGGCUUCAGUUGA